UGUGCAAGGCUAAAACAUUCCAACACUGACUUGUCGUCGACAUAUACUUCAAUAUAACAUACUCACUUACGAUUAACAAUGUCGCACAGAUAUUGCAGCGCCUCGCAUGAUGGCAGCUGGAUUAGCUGGUUCCUCAGCUUGCCCAUGAACGAGUUUCUGUGCCGCGUGCCCGUGGAUUAUAUACAGGAUAGAUUCAAUCUAACUGGGCUGGAUGCCCAGCUGGGCAGCCAGCUGAGCGACGCCUUGGAUCUGGUGCUGGAAAGCGAAUUCGACACCGAGUGCUUUCAGCAAGUGGAGACGGAUCUGGAUGCGGCCGCCAAGCUCUACGGACUGAUACAUGCGCGUUAUAUUCUCACGGCACGUGGCAUCGACGACAUGUGCAUGAAAUAUCAGCGCGGCGACUUUGGCAAGUGCCCGCGUCUCUAUUGCCACAGCCAGCUGAUGCUGCCGGUGGGCGUCAGCGAUCGCUUUGGCGAGUCGCAUGUCAAAUUGUAUUGUGCACGUUGCCGUGAUAUUUAUCAGCCGCAGGCCCACUGCGCCAUGCUGGAUGGCGCCAACUUUGGGCGCAGCUUUCCGCAGCAUGUUUUUAGCUGCGUGCGGUGCUGUAGCGUCACGCGGGAGCAGAUAAUGUGUCGCGCGUAUUUAGGGUUCGUGGAUCUGCUAGAUGAUUGCUGA